AUGGCAAACGUAAAAAAAGUGAAAGCUCGUUUGCGCGAACUAACGCUUAUGGACCUUGAUACAAUUUCUUCUGAGCAAAUUGAGCGUGAAAGCACCGCAGUAGUAGAAAGGGUAAUUUUUUCCGAGGAAUAUAAGUCAAGCAAAAACAUAAGUGUGUACCUUAGUAAAACAAGGGGCGAAAUUUCAACAGAAUCUAUAAUUUAUGAUAUAUUUCUUAAAGGGAAAAUAUGUUAUGUUCCGUGUUGGGAUGAAGGGAAGAUGGAAAUGGUCAAACUUAAGUCUUUGGAAGAUUAUCGAUCAAUUGGGCCAAAUAACUUGAAUGAAUUAGGUUUCUUAAAAUCAAAUAACCAAGAGCGAGAAAUUGGAAUUGCAUUUGAUUAUGAGGGAAAUAGACUUGGUAACGGCAAAGGCUCUUACGAUGGAUAUUUGGCGAGAUGUCAAAAAUGGGUUAAACCGCCAAAAACUAUGGCUCUUGCCCUAAAUAUUCAGAUAUUUAGAGACAGUACGAUCCCAGUUUCAGAAAAUGAUCUAAGACCUGAUAUAAUUUUAUCAGAACUUGAAGUGAUUGGUGAUUAG